CUCAGGUCGUCAGAGACGUAUUUUUACGGAAAAGACAACUAUAAUACAAGUAGCUUACGAAAGCUCCUGAAUCGGGAGUUAGGAAAUCAAUUACUAUUUAUACCUGGAUGUAAACAAGAAGCGAGAGAAAUGACAACACCAUUAGAGAUUUGGAGUUUAUUGUUUCAGGAUGAAUUGCUGGAGAUUAUAGUGAAGCACACUAAUGAGGAAAUAAACCAGAGAUUGGUCAAUUUAUCGAGUCAGCCUUAUUAUUGUGAAACAGAUUUGAUUGAAAUGAAAGCAUUCAUCGGUCUUUUAUAUUUUACUGGAUUUAAAAAGAUAGACAUAAAUAUACAGUGAAGAUAGAGAAAAAUACAGUGGAAAGAAAACAGUUGUACUAUGUAUAGAGCUGUCAUGACUCGCAAUCGUUUCAUUUUUUUGAGUUCGUGCUUAUGCUUUGACGACAAAACAAUAAGGAAAGACAGGCAA